UUAGACUUACAUCUGUGGUAAGAAUGUCACCGCUUCUAACGUAAAGUGCUGUCUUUGUCGUAAAGUAGUAGCAAGACAUCUAAACAGAUAGCAAACCAACUGCGUAGAUUUAAAGUCGUUAUAGGUUUACUAGGACAUUGACGUGAUGGCUGCGUCUUCUUCGUCCUCUUCUGCGGGAGGUGUGAGCGGCAGCUCGGUGACUGGCUCUGGAUUCAGUGCUUCAGAGCUCAUCCCUCCCAGGAAAGUCUUGUACACAUAUCCCAAAGGCGCAGGUGAAAUGAUGGAAGAUGGCUCAGACAGAUUUUUAUGUGAGUCUGUAUUCAGCUACCAAGUUGCCUCCACACUUAAACAGGUCAAACACGAUCAGCAAGUUUCUCGGAUGGAGAAACUUGCGAGCUUGGUGGAGGAGCUGGAAGCAGAUGAGUGGCGGUACAAACCAAUUGAACAGCUAUUGGGAUUUACACCGUCUUAAAUAAUAGAGAUCCAGAUGCCUUUGCAUAAAAAAAUCAGCCAAAUAAAAGGAGACGUUUUGUUUUUUUGUUUUUUUUGGUUCAUAAAUUAUAUUCCUUCUUUGUGGUUUUAUUUUCUAUCAUAAGUGGGAAAUGUUACUUGGAGAUACUGAAUGUCAAAUGUAUUAUUUUAUUGCUUUUACUUUUGUAUGAGCAUGGUUUGCGUUUUUAAAACCACUUGUUUUAUUUUGCCCGGCAUUCUAAAAUAAAACCCUGCCAACAAAAUCUGCUUCUUAUAUUCCAGUAACUAAAGAAUUAAAAGUUUCAUAACAGAUUAUUAAAAGUUUUUUCAGAUGGUUUAAGCCAAUAAUAUUGCUUUGCCAGUCCAAUCUGCUCUUAGCCUCAGUGUCAAGGGAAAGAAUAUCUUGUAAUGUAAUAAAUCCCUUGAAGUGAGGCAUUGUGUUUCAAUGUGGCUGCACUGUAACUCAUAAAUCUGAAAACCUGCUGCCUGCUCUUUCUGUCCUCUCUCUGUGGGUCGUCCGCUGCUCAUUCCAACGACGCCUGGAGCAAAACAAAGAGAGCUUGUAAAUAAAGUCAUACUUGGA